CGAAACAGAACCAACCAACAACAACUACAACACACUAAAAUCGAAAUUUCGAAGCUCGAAACAAGAUCUUGCAAUCAACAAUGUCAGGAAGAGGAAAAGGAGGAAAGGGUUUAGGAAAGGGUGGUGCAAAGCGUCAUCGCAAAGUUCUUCGAGAUAACAUUCAGGGAAUUACCAAACCCGCGAUUCGUCGUCUUGCAAGGCGUGGUGGUGUAAAACGUAUCAGUGGUCUGAUCUAUGAAGAAACUCGUGGUGUUCUCAAGAUAUUUCUUGAGAAUGUUAUUCGUGAUGCUGUCACUUACACUGAACAUGCUCGUCGCAAAACAGUUACUGCUAUGGAUGUUGUUUAUGCGCUCAAGAGGCAAGGAAGGACCCUUUAUGGUUUUGGGGGUUAGGUUAGGGUAUUGUUAAUUAGUAGUAAGAAAAGUGAAUUAGUAAUUAGUCGUUAUAGCUUGUUGAAUCUUUUAGUACUGUAUCACUUUUCUAACUCUUGCCAAUAUAUAAUUGUUCCUUUCGUCUUUGUUAAUUUAUUGAAUUUUAAAUCUCUGAUUCA